AUGAGCUACGCGCGGGAGAUAAAACAUCUACACAAAGCAAAGAGCAAAGCCCAGAAUGGUAACAAAAUCAGAGAGGAAGCCAGCAUCUGCAAUCAACUAGGGGAACUAUUGUCCAGGAAUGGUGAUUAUGAGGCUGCCAUUGGGGAACAUCAGCAGGAGUUGGCACUAUCUGAAGUGCUGAAUGACGUGAUUGGAAGAGCCAUAGCUCAUCGUAAAAUAGGAGAGUGCUUCGCUGAGAUGGGGAACAUUGAGGCUGCUUUGAAACACCAAAGAUGUCACCUGGAUUUGGCUCGCUCUGUUAGAGAUCAUGCUGAGGAGCAGAGGGCAUUGGCCACCAUUGGUCGAACCUUCCUCUUCUGUUAUGAGUCAGACCAAUCGAGGAAGAGUUUAGAGCAAGCAAAGGAUGCCUUCCGAAAGAGCCUGGCCAUUGUGGAUGACCGCCUGGAAGACACUGUGCCAGAGCGGGAGCUUAGUGAGAUGAAGGCACGUCUCUUCCUCAACCUGGGUUUAGUCUGUGAUCACCUGGGGGAGCCCAAGCGCUGCAGCGAGUUCAUCCGACGCAGCAUCUUCAUUGCGGAGAAGAACCAGCUGAUGGAAGAUCUGUACCGUGCCAACUUUAACCUGGGAAAUAUCUACUUCCGCACUGGACAUCAUUCUAAUGCUGUGCGCAGCCUGGAGCAGGCCAAGGAAUGUGCCAGGAAGAUCAAAGACAAAUUCAGUGAAAGCGAGUGCUUUCACUGUAUUGGCAAGGUCCAACUGUCUCUGGGUGACUUCACAGCUGCCAGGCGAUCUCUUAAGAAGGCCCUCCUGCUUGGCUCCCAGCAACCACUGGACAGACAAUCAGUGAAGAAGGCCUUUAAAUAUGCGGACCAGGGCUGUCAGUUAGAGGAAAAGGCAGGGGAGGAUCUUGGAAAGGGACGGCCUUCCCAUGAAGCUGUUGGAUUGGCGGAGCAACUGGGUGACCUGUACUGUAAGGUGGGCUGCUACCGCAAAGCUCUGGAUGCAUACCAAGCUCAGCUGUCCAGUGCCAAGGCACUUGGGAAGCCUGCCAGGGAGCUGGCUGUCAUCCAUGUGUCUCUAGCUGCCACCUACACAGACCUGAGGCAGCAUGACAAGGCAGUGGAGCACUAUAAACAAGAGCUGGCCUUAAGACAGGGUAGCCCUGUCGAGGAAUGUAGUACCUGGCUGAACAUCGCGACAUCCCAGGAGGAGAGUGGCUGUGUGUCUCAGGAUACAGACAACAGCUACAGUGCUGCUUUACUCUGUGCCCAGAGAGCUGGCCAGGCCAGACUGCAGAGGCGUGUAUUUAGGCUGUGGCUAGCUGCCCAGAAACGGUGUGGCUCAUCACAAGUUGACGACACUGAGGCCAGGCUGCAAGAGCUAUGUGCCUCAGAGGGUUGGAGUGCAGAUGGGAGUGAGGGAGAGGAGGAGAAUGAGGAAGAGGAGAUGGAGAGUAGUGAACCUCUGGAGGACAGUGACAUCCCCCUCUCAGACUCAGAUGAUGAUCUGGAGGGCUAUGAUAAAGCAGUUUCUGGAAGGAGGAGGAAUGGCAGGUGGAACAAGAGGAAUGAAAAGGGUGAGACGUCGCUCCACAGAGCAUGUAUAGAUGGCAACCUGAAGCAGGUCCAGUACCUCGUGGAGCAGGGUCACCCAGUCAACCCCAGGGACUACUGUGGCUGGACUCCCUUACAUGAGGCCUGCAACCAUGGUCACUUUGACAUUGCAGCAUUUCUGCUUGAGCGUAGCGCCAACAUCAAUGAUGCUGGCGGUCCCUUGUGUGAGGGGGUGACACCUCUCCAUGACUCCCUUGCAUGUGGUCACUUUAGGGUGGCCAGACUUUUAGUGGAACGAGGGGCCUCUGUCACCAUACGUAACUCCAAGGGGGAGACACCCAUGGACACACUGCACCAAUGGCAGAGGAUGUAUAGGAGAGAGCUGGACCAGGAGACCAGGGAAGAGUGUGCAGCUACUGAGAGGCUACUGAAGAAAUCACUAUCAGGGGGUGUGUCUGUGGCUCCUGCUACAGCCAAGCCUUUCAACGUCCUACAGGACAGCCAGCUGUUUGAUGCCGAAAACUCUGAGCCACUGCUGCCUACCAGAGGAGCCAUUUCCUCCAGCCAAACUUGCCCCAGGAACGCCAGGAACUCAGUGGGGAACACAAUACCUGCCAGUCCCCCACAGAGGCACUGUAAUGGCUCAACACAGCGCCACAGAGCCAGGGGAACAGAAGCUGCUGUUCUAUAUGGGACUGACAGCAGCUCUUCAGAUGACAGUGAUUUAGACUGUUCUGUCAGCGCUCUCCGGGCUGUUCGCCCAAGGCGACGUUUCACAACGGCCCCAAAUCAAAAGGAAGUGGCCUCAAACCAGGAAACCAGUUUAAUCCCUGACUCAAGUAGAGAAAGUGUCAGGGACGCUGCUGCACCUUCUGUCUUUGGUAGAGUGGAGUACCACAGUGCUAUCCGAGGCCUAGGCAGUGCCAAAACCCUUCUCCAUGAAGUAUCACGUACCCAGGACACCAGCACACCUGCAGUUUCAUCCAAUAGCAGGACAGCCCUGGUUCCUGAGGAAGAGUAUCUGUCAGAUGACUGGUUAGAGGAUGACCUGGGGGAAGUCCAGCCCAAGAAGAAGAGGAGGGUUGGGGGGGAACAGAAUGGGAAGGGGGAAGGCAGUGCCAUGCCUUCAGCAGCCAGUGGCCAAAACAGACUGUUAAACUAUGACACAACUAGCAGAGGCUCUGCAGCAUCUUCCUCAGGGCGGAGUCGCUCUUUGAGAAAAAAUGGUUCUUUUAAGUCUCGCCAGGUCAAGAUGACUCAAAUGUCUGGGAUGGUUAGGUUGGGCAGACGAGAGGUUAGCAGGCCACAGAGCCCCACUCUCACAGAUGAUGACGAUCUACAACCUUAUGUGCCCUCCCCACCAACCCAAAUACAUGUUACGCAGACUCUGGCCCACACAUUAGCUCCUACUAUUCCCUCAGCAAUGCCUCUACCUAUCAGAAUGAGAGUCAGAGUGCAAGAUGACGUGUUCCUCAUCCCAGUCCCACAAAGUGAAGCGGACUCUUGUACUGUGUCAUGGCUGUGUGAGCAGGCAGCUCAGAGAUACUACCAGAAAUGUGGCCUCCUGCCUCGUCUUUCCUUGCAGAAAGAAGGUGCUCUCCUUUCCCCUCAGGACCUGCUGCUGGCUGUCCUGCACACCAAUGAAGAGGUCCUUGCUGAAGUUAGUUCUUGGGAUCUCCCUCCUCUUCCUGAGCGCUACAAGAAAGCCUGCCACAGUCUGGCAGUGGUUGAGAACAGGCGUGUCUCUCGUCUGUGCGAGGUGCAGGAUGGGAGUUCCUCUGUGUCGGUGUGUGGCCUCAGCUUACCCCCGUCCUCCCUCACCCCUCUGCUUCGUGCCCUGAAGCUGCAAGCCAGUCUCACUGAGCUGCGUCUUGCUGGCAACCGUCUUGAGGACAACGUCCUCCCAGAGCUAAUCGCCACAGUCAUCACCAUGCCGCGGCUUCGCCUAUUAGACAUUUCUUCCAAUUAUGUCACAGGGGAUGGACUGGAGAAGGCAGCAAAUUCUUUGAAAGGGCAGACACAAUGCGUAUUUCCGUGCCUGGAGGAGCUGGACCUUAGUAUGAACCCACUGGGUGACAGUAUAGCUGAAUCUCUGUCCUGUCUCUUGUCCUACUGCCCUGUGCUGGCUAGGCUGUCCUUGAAGGCCUGCAGCCUCACUGCUCGUUUCCUCCAGCAGCAUCGGCUACUUCUCUUCAGCACCCUAGCAGGCACUGGCCACCUGAAAUCAGUUUGUCUUUCCCAUAAUGCACUGGGCUCCACUGGCCUAGAGCUAGUGCUGAAGACACUCCCUCUACAUUGUCUCACACAUCUUGAUUUAUCUGCUGUCCGAAGUGGGCCUGCUGAUCACCCUCCAUUGGACCACCUUUCUAAAAUCCUGUCCCAGGAAGAGUGCACACUGACUCACUUGAGCUUAGCAGGAAAUGGACUGACUGACAGCAGUAUAGCGACCUUGGCAAGGUGUCUACCUGUUUGUCCAUCCCUGGUAUCUCUGAACCUAUCAGGGAACCCGUCCGUGACCGUAGCCGGCCUCCACAGCAUUCUGAUAGCCCUCAGAGAGACUCGUCGACCUUUGACACUAUUAAACCUUCAAGGUUGUCAAGUGUCCGGUCCCUGGGACAGUGCCAGUCUUGAGGGUUUGUCAGAGUGGGUCAGGGAUCUCCGACUCUGCUCCCAAGGUCUCAAUAAGCUGGACCGACAGGCCUUACAACAGAGCUGGGACUGUGGUCAGCAACAUGGAUGUCUACUUGACCGAAACGCAAAGUACUUGAUCUCCGCUGACCCCUCUCUCUGAUGAGGACUUCUUACACUGUCCAGCACAGGAAACGCUCUAUAGAGACGAAUGACAAGGAAAGUGUUUAUUUCUGUCAUGUUCAUUAUAACACUGAGAUUGAAGCCUGUCCUAUGAGUUAAUUUAAGGAGUAAACAUUAUUCAGUCUAUCUGAUGGGCCCAUUAGCCUAUUAAAAAAUAUAACUUGAAGCAUAAAAGUGUCAUCCUCAUAUGGUUGUGUCACCUUGACUGAAAGUGUCAGUUCGAGACCACACCCUUAUAUCAACAAAGCAAACAUUGUGAAAAGAGUAAAGUAACAAGUCAGUGCAGUCGAUGGACAUUGUGUAGAUACAGCUUUAGUGUGUUUAGCAUUCUGUGAGCAUUAUUUAUGUUUUACAUGCAUGUCUUUGUACAUCCAUUUUGGUAUGUAUACAAUAUGUUUUUUGUGCAUUGUGUCCUGCCUGUUAAAUCGCCUGUAAUCCUGCAUAAUUUUGACGAUGGAAAAUGAUUAAACUGAA